UAUUCACAUUUCACCACAGAAUAAGCUAGUCACAAAUCUCACAACACAAUUUACAUUUUACAAAUUCCUUAAAAAAUACAAAGUGAACGAGGUGUUGCGUGGUGACCAGUGACAACGGACGAAUGAGAGUUAUUUUGUGAAUUGUGAGUGCGAUAGACAACAAUAAAGAGUUUUUACUGGGCCGCAUUAAAAGUUUACUUACAAUACGAAUUUAGUAAAGUUUUUCAUUUGUUACUUUGUGCCAAUUAAAUCGUGUACCUCUUAAAGUAUUUGGGAGCUGAUUUUGAUAUUUAUAUAGAAAUAAAGUGCAUGAAAUGCAUUUUAUGUACUGAAAAUAAAUAAAUAUUGCAUUUAUGGGACGUACAUUUUGUGUGACACGUAGCUGACAAAAGGCAAUAUGACGGUGGAGAAGAGUAAAGGCUUCCCAAAAACGGUGCAGCCGGCCACAAGGAAGGUUGCCCCGGAUGGUGGAUGGGCCUGGAUGGUGUGUUUCGGAGUUAGUUUAGUCAAUUUUUCCACCCGGUCGCUGGAGCCGUCUUUUGGUCUGCUAUUCAAGGACCUUUUAGACGACCUAGGCGUCCAUACAACGGGCGCAUCUGUGAUCGCCAGUACGCUAGACUCAGUCGUCAAUUUCUCCGGUUUCUUCGUGGGACCAGUGAUAAAAACAUUUUCAUAUAGAAAAGUCUGUUUCGUCGGCUCAACAAUAUGUGCUUUGGGCUUAUUAUUCACAGCACCGGCGAACAGUAUAGCACAUAUAUUAGCUACAUACAGCAUAAUGGGAGGUUUCGGUGUUGGACUAGCUUCGUCGUCUUCCUUCGUGUCUUUGAACCACUACUUCUCCAAAAAGCGUGGUCAAGCCGUCGGUUUGUCGAUGGCUGGUACGGGCUUUGGUUUAAUGGUUAUGCCUCAGCUAGUCAAGAUUCUCUUAGGGGAGUACGGGUUCCGAUGGACGGUGGUUAUAUUGGGAGCGCUGGCCUUCCACGCAGUACUUGGUUCAACGUUGCUUCAACCAGUGCAGCGGCAUCUAAUUGAUGAACCUAUAGAUUGUGAAAUGCAGCACGUCAAGGAAAUGGAGCGUAUAAACGAAAGCGACGAGGAAGAUGAUGAUAAAUUUGAAAUUAAUCCGUUGGUCAGUCACCCCAUGCCCAAAUUGACCACCCAAAGGUCCCACAACAACAUGAACCAUCCAUCAGUGAGAACAGUUGGUCUGCCGAGGGCCAAGACUUGUGAUAAGCCCUUACAAGACUUCGAGAAUUCCAAGGACCAAGGGUUGACAACAGCUGCCUCUUUGGCGGCGAUGCCGAUGGUGAAGUCGAGUGGGAGUAUCAGCGAAGCAGCCAGGAAGAGGAAAGUGUCUGUGAUAUCAAAUAUAUCAAAUAUGGAUUUUACUGGCAGUUAUUUUCAGCUGUAUUUAGAUACGGCUGACGAAGACGCUCUACAAAUGAAGUCAAUAAAGAAGAGCGAACCUCAACAAAAGAAGAAGGAUGGUUUCAUAAGAAAGUUUAUUGCUAUGAUGGACUUGGAUCUGCUAAAAGACUGGUCUUUUCUUAAUCUUCUACUUGGACUCUCUCUGUUCUGGAGCGGGGAAUUGCAGUUUAGGAUGUUGACACCAUUCUUUAUUAGAAGUUUAGGUUAUAAUAUGAACGAGACAGCGUUUUGCCUGUCCAUGACAGCCAUCACGGAUAUCGGUGUUAGGCUGGUGUUGCCACCAAUCUUCGACAGAACCACCAUCUCCAAGAAGAUGAUCUUCUUCGUUUCAUCAUUCUUUUUGGCUGCAACACGAUCAGUGUUAGCAGAGCAAUCAGAAUGGGUACCACUUAUGGUAUGGCUCUCAAUUUGUGGUUUCUUCCGUGGAAUGUGUUUGAGCAACUUCACUCUAACCAUAUCUGAGUACUGCCCGCUGGAGAAGUUGCCCGCUGCUUUUGGUCUUCACAUGGUCAGCAAGGGUGUACUAGUUGUACUUAUUGGACCACUGAUUGGCUACGUGAGAGAUUUCACAGGCAGUUUCGCGAUAUGCAUUCACGUACAAAACGCUCUUAUAAUGUCGUGCGUACUCGUAUGGGGCAUAGAGUACGCGUACAACUUAACCCGGCGACGUAAGAUUGUACAAAUAUAGUACUUAUACGGUACUUAGUAUGACUGUAUGGACGAAUUUGUUUUUAAUCUAUAGCUCGUUUUAUUGUUGGCUAUGGAAUAAUGAAUGACGGUUAAGUUUAUUCAUUACCUAGAAAUAUGUUUAUCUAUUGCCGUUGGCAUAUAACUUUAGUUUAAUUAUUCUUGUUUAAUGACGGUAGUUCUGAACGCAGGUAAGACAUGUAAUUCUCUCGUUCAUUUUAUAAGCAACAAAUUUUUCAACAUUAUUUAGUAAAAUGGCACAAUUAUUAAUAAGCUGUGUCUAUCAAUUGCCAUUGUCAUAUGUGACGUAGCGAUUACUUCGUGGCCUAUAAUAGUUUUUGGCUAUGGAAUAACACCACAAGUUUGCGGGACAAAAAUUAUAUUAGCCGAAACCCGCCAUUUUUUACUUCAGUGAUGUCUCACGUACAUGAUAUAUGUACUUGUCAAAGUCCGAUGACAAUUUGCGGUGAAAAGUCUGUGGUCUCGUUUUAUGUCUUUUCUAUGUUCUCUGACAUUUAAUUAAAUAGGUUACGAUGGCGGUAAAAUUUUACUUACACAAAAGUACAUGCAAUUUAAAAAUAUGAAUUCCGUCUUUAUAUUUUUGUAAUAAUAAUGUAACUUUUUUAUGAUUUCCUGUACAGCUCAAUCAUCGGCACUACCAUGACUUAAUUUUUUUAAUUGACGAAAUAUUUCUACUUGAUUUUUAUUGAGAUUCUUAAGUUUAUAUGGUUAUUUCUUACUUUGUACUCUUAAAAAACAUAUUUUUUGCGUUAGAUUUUUUGAUAAUUUUACCCAAACUGCCUAUUGUUUACCUGUGUGGUUGGUAUGAGAUAUGAUGUUUUAAUACAUUUUAAACCCAUUUACCCAAUUAUAAUCGUUUUAGAGGACCUUUUAACUUCGUAGCUCUUUUAUUGAUUGUAUUUUUAGAUGACUGUUGUAGUUUUUGAAGUUUUACGUAGAUUAAGAUCUUAUAGAUAAAUGCUCCUUUAGCUGUUGACUAUAUACGCGAUGUAGUGCUUAAGUAAUUUCAUGUAUUGCCUUAUAAAACCCUUUAUGAGAUACUCACUCAGAGCUCGUCUUUUACGUAUAAACCUUAUUUAGUAUUAACGUCCGGUUUCUAUAUCUAAAAUAUGGCUUAUAAAAUUUGUACUUGUUUUGUUACCAUGGUAACAGUGACAAUGCUACACUUUUGACAGCUGAUCUUUUCUCUUGAAAAAUGUAUGAUGUGUAGUUUUAGAAGAAGUUUUAGAUAUAGAAUUGGCAAUUAUAUGCGGUCAGAGUAUAUAUAUUUUCUAUAAAAAAUAUAACCUUUUUAUUUAUAGAAAUCAGACAUAUCCAUUUCAACUGUUUGUCACUUCAUUGUAGCAUUACAUAAUAUAUCAGAAAGAGACUAUUAAAUAUAUUAUAUAAAUAAGGGGGUAUCUAGAUACCAUGACAGCCAACCUGUGGUACUUUUAGUACAAAGUUUUGUACAAUAAUUCUAAAAAUAUAAUUUUUCAUAAAAAAUAUCAACAAAAGUGUCGCUUUUGAAUCGUUCUGUCUACAAAAGUAUUGAAUGUGAUCUGUACUAAGGGUUCUACAGUUAGAAAAUGAAAUUGACAUAUUAGUACACUGUUCCUAAUAAUGAAAUUUUUAAUAUUGAGGAGCGUUUUUUUUUGUUUACGUACGUUUUUAAAUAAUAACAAUCAGCAUGACUUCCUUUUAUGAUCCAGUUUAUUGUUUGUUAUUUCAAAUGAUGAUAAUGUUUUAUGAGUGAUACUCGUGUAUUGAAUUUUAAAUAUAUUGUUACCGGUUCACAUUUAUGAAAUAUAUUUUAUAGGUUGUGUUAAUAUUGUUAAUUAUGGUCCAGUGAUAUGUUUUGUUCAAUAUACCAUGCCUUAUGUUAUUAAUAAAUACAUUUACAUGUUUCUAUCUUCCAAAAAACUUGAAUAAAAAUUUGCCAAAUUUUACCUAAUAAUUUCAUGUGCCAAUAAUUUCAAAUUUAGAAUUAUAUUUGUUGUACUAAUAAUUUUAAUGCCUGCCUUUCAAUUGUAAGAUGUUUUUUGAUAAACAACAUUAUCUAUAUUUUGAGUAUUUAAGUAUUUUUAUAUCUGAUUUACUGUUUGUGACAUCUUCCCCUCUAUGAAAAACUUGACAACUGACAUCUCAAGCGUCAAAUGUCAAUGUCUAGCUGGCAUUUGCAUGAUUCGAUUAUUUCGCAGGUUUAAAGAGUUUAUUUUUACAAUAAGUUUUAACAAUGGCUGGUGUCUCAGUAUAACUUCGCUCUAUGAAGUGUUUGUAUUAAUGUACUUUAUAAUCUCGGAUGUUGUACAUAAAAGAAAAAUCAAAUUAAACGACUACCCAUUUGGUUA